CCGUAACUCCCAUUUCUCUUUAGAGCGCGCGCACACAUUAAACCAAGAACCACAAUCAACCCUAGAAGGGCUCGUCCUUUCACUUCCCCCAUCUCGAAAACGCUAAGGAAACCCGAGUUCUUCUUUAACAUUUUCGCAUUAAAUCGUCUUCUGUUUUCACCCCCAUUUUGUUUUUCAUGUUUUAUUAUUUGUUUUAGAUUUGUUUUCAGGAAACAGAAUCCAGUCGAAGCAGAUUUUGGCCCUUGUUUCGAGAGGGCUCUAAUUUGUUUCUGCAAUUGCUUUCCGUAUGUGGGUUACUCCGGUAUGUUUUUGUUCUCUCUUGUCUAAUUUUCUGUUCUGAUGAAAUUAGGGUUUCGUGUCUCCACACAUCAAUCGUAAGGAAGUGUGGACGUUUCUGAGCGUUUGGAGGCCGUGAAUCCAACAUCACUGGUGGGGUUUUCCUUGAAAAGGGAAACAUGGAACACGACAAAUUGUCAUUGCUUUCUCCAGUUCUUGACAGCAGACCAAUUGAUCAAUGGAAAGUUACAGAACUUAAAGAAGAGCUCAAGAGGCGGAAAUUGGCUGUUAAGGGGUUGAAAGAAGAUUUGAUAAAACGGUUGGAUGAAGCAAUUCGGAAUGAAAUUGAAGUUCCGGGAAACAUUGAUAAUGUUUUUGUUGGUAUUCCUCAUACUGAGUCCGAGUCUGAACUUGCUGAUACAGUGUUGGUUGGGGCUGAAACAGCUAGGGAUGUGAUAUAUAAUGGUGAUAACAGAACCGGGGUGGAUGGUGUAACUGUCCAGCUUCACACUGACGAUACUGCAGCAUCACUAGGUGAAGGAGAAUUUCAGGAUGGGGAAGUUAUAGGAAGUACUGAUUCUGCUAGCAAAGAGGAGCUGUUAAUUCAUGCAACUUCUGUGGAAAUGAGCAUUACUAUCUCCAAGAAUGUGGUUUCUGAAAUUGCCUUGAGUGCUCAGGAGUCACAGAACAAUGAAACCCCGGACGAGAGGGGGAAUUUAGAGCCCCAGCUGGAGAAUGUGGAUCCAAAGUCUUCUCAUGAGGAUGUCAAACUUAAGUCUUCUGAUCCAAAUAACCAGGUAUCUGAGAUCAGCCCUGUUUUAGGGUUUCAAGUAAAAUCUGAUCUUAUUUCUCCUGAUUCUAUCUCAAUUAAAGAAAAGAAUGAACUAAAGGAAAAUUUAAUUGCUGAUAAUGUUACAUUAGAUCUAGAUAUUAAGCCUGAGAUGGUGAAGCCAUCAUCCACUAACGUUGUCCCUGAUGGUGGCGAACUACAUCCAAUGGAUGUUGAAGAGCCACUUGAGGAUAAGGUAUCUGUUGAGGAGAGAGAUGACGAUAAUGCUGAAAAUGCAGAUAUUAGCAAGAAAGAUGGUAAUGCGGAUAUUAGUUCUUCAGAAAAGUUACACGUAGACCGAAUUAUUGAUGAUGGUUACAUGGAGGAGGAUUCAUUAGAGAGUAAAACAAUUGAAUUUCCUGUUGAAGUAGGAGAUAGGGGUGAGAAAACUGAAGUACCUGUGGUGAAGGAGGACGAUCCUGUUGAUGUUGUGGGGGAUGAUAUUCCUGCAAACAAGAAAGACAUUCAUGGUAAAAAUGAGAAUGGUCUUGUUGCACCCACCGUGAAAAGAAAGUUUAAAGACCAAGGAGUAGUUGGGAACAUUGAGACUUCAAAGAGGCAUCGCAGGUGGAGCUCUGAAAGCCUCAAAGUUCCUGAGCCACAAAUCAUUACUCUUCCAUCUUCGACUACUCCUAAGGAUACAUUUCCAUCUAGUGCUCUGAGACGCAACUUUGCUAGAUCUGUCUCUACAGUUAGUGAAGAUGCACCCAAGGAACAUGUUGUUCCUCCAUCGCCAAGAACUCCUACAAAUUCUCUCAGAAUUGAUCGUUUUCUGCGGCCUUUUACACUAAAAGCCGUGCAAGAACUUCUGGGAAAAACUGGUACUCUCACCAAUUUUUGGAUGGACCAAAUCAAAACCCACUGCUAUGUCACUUAUUCAUCAGUGGAUGAAGCCAUAGCGACUCGGAAUGCUGUUUACGACUUACAAUGGCCUUCCAACGGAGGACAUCUACUGGUUGCUGAGUUUGUUGACCCCCAGGAAGUUAAAUUGCGGGUGGACCCUCCUCCUCAAUCUCUGGCAACACCUGUCAGUACUGGUCCUAACAUUCCUUCUGCUCCACCCACCUUGCUGCCUCAACCAUCUCCCCGGCAACAUGUUAAGAGGCAGCAGCUCCCACCUCCACCACCCACCUUGUUGCCUCAACCAUCUUCCCGGCAACAUGUUCAGAGACCUCAGCUUCCACCUCCACCACCCAUCUUGCAGCCUCAACCAUCUCCCCGGCAACAUGUUCAGAGGCAGCUGCUUCCACCUCCACCACCUCUACCCCAUCCGCUGCCAUUGUCUACCCCUCCCCCAGCAAGGGAACGUCUUACUCUACCACCCCCACCUCCACUUCCUGAGAAAGUUGACCCUCCAGUCAUCACUCUGGAUGAUUUAUUUAGGAAAACCAAGGCAAACCCGCGCAUCUACUACUUACCGUUGUCUGAUGAGCAAGUUGCAGCAAAGCUGAAGGCGCAGGGAAAAAAUGCCAAUCUGUAGGGAUUAGGCUGUUACUUAUACCAGCUGCUAUUCGGUUAUUCUAACGGAUUGGUCAGUAUGUAAGAUAAUGGUUAGAAAGUAUCAUAUAAUUGCGUCUUUGCAGGUCUGCAGGUGUUGCUUGUAGGAAGGAACUUUUCCAGGCGAGGUACUGGAGGCGCAGGUUGGUAGAUGGAUUUGGGUUUUCUGGAAGACUGCUUUGGUUUGAAGCCGAGUUUAAGAUGGGUUUAGAACUCAAUGAACUGUUAUAUUUUUGUAUGUGAGUGGAUUGGCUCAAGUUUGGUCUCAUAUACUUUCACUGUUGAGCCAGAGGUCCAACGUUAUUGAACUCCAACUGUUAGCAUCUAAUUACUUAACUGACAAUAUUUUGAUAUCCAUCUUUAUAGACAGAAAUUUAUAUAUCCACAAAAUGUUGAAUUUAAA